AAGGUUCUUUAUAUAUCAAAACGAGAGCACUUGCUUACAUUAUUUGCACUCCGCUGAUUUUCAAUUUCGUUACACAAAGCUAAAAAACUUGUAUUGACACAAACACAAACUGUGUUGUGAUUUGAGAACGACGGCUAAGCUGCUGCUUUGGAUUUAACAAACUUUAGUAGUUCUCCAGAACUCAAGACGCUUAGUUAAGCUGGCUGCUGUAGCAAAAAAUUGUAUAAUGUCUGUUGGUCGUGUGCUUAUCUAUGGUGGCAAGGGAGCGCUUGGUGCUGCUUGUGUGUCACAUUUUAAAGCAAAUAAUUUUUGGGUUGGUAGCAUAGACUUAAACAACAACGAACAAGCUGAUGUUAGUAUUGUAGUGCCAAAAGACGGCUCAUGGACAGAGCAAGAAACAGCAGUUAUCGAACAAGUUGGCAGUGCAUUAAAUGGUGAAAAAUUAGAUGCAGUAAUAUGCGUUGCUGGUGGUUGGGCAGGCGGCAAUAGCAAAAAAGACUUGGCAAAAAAUGCAGAUCUUAUGUGGCGUCAGAGUGUUUGGACAUCAACAAUAUCUGCUGCUGUUGCGGCACAGUACUUAAAAAAAGGCGGUCUAUUAGCGCUCACAGGCGCUAAGCCUGCUCUACAAGGUACGCCUGGUAUGAUUGGUUAUGGUAUGGCUAAAGCAGCAGUACAUCAACUAACACGUUCUUUAGCUGAAAAAGAUUCUGGAUUACCUGAAGGUGCUUUGGUGGUAUCAAUUUUACCUGUUACACUCGAUACUCCAAUGAACCGCAAAUGGAUGCCUAAAGCUGAUUUUACUACAUGGACUCCACUUACUGAAGUUGCCGAACUCUUUCACAAAUGGUCUAAAGGUAAUGAACGUCCAAAGAAUGGCGCGUUACUCCAAUUAAUCACAAAAGAUUCCAUUACCGAACUUAUUGAUGCCGCUUAAUUUACAUUUCAAUAUUAUACAAAAGAAGUGAUCUGAAACCACAUGACUCAUAAAUAUAGGGAUUUUUGUUGAUUCAUAUUUAAUUCAAAUGAAUGUAUUCUUAAUAGUGCUUAAUUAAUAAAAUUGUUAUCUGAAUAUUUAUAUAAAAGCUUUAGUUCAUAAACAUCAUAAAUUUACAAGAUGUUGAUUUAAAUAAGUUUAAAUAAUUAAAAGCUUAAAAAUUAAAUUUUAAACUACGAUAACCUCUGCUUAUCUACAUUAUUAAAUAGAAAAAGUGAAAGGAACUUACAUAUAUAUAUGUAUAAAUGUGGCUUACUAUAUAUACAUUUAUAUUAUUUGUUAAGAAAUACAAAUAUUUAGGCAGUUUUAAAGCAUAAAAAUAUAAUUUAAAAUAUAUUAAUAUUUUCUUAAUUACAUAGACAGCAAAUGUAAAUUAACUCGAGUUUAUAUAUUCAUAAUAUAAGUGCUUAAAUAAUAAACAUUGAUGAAAAAUUUUAAUAAUGUUUAAUUUGGAACU